GAUCUUCGUUCGCUAUCCUUCCGUCUGGUUUCUUGUUCCUGGUUUCCUGCAAUAACCGGGCCCACAUUCCGACCACCUUGACGGACGCGAACGAACAUCGAGCGAGAGCAAGGAGUGUAAAGCACCGACAAGCCACUGGCCCCAUACACACCAUUUUGUCCCUGCCUCGUGGACACGGCCGCCUUUGGAACAAUCAUAUUCUCUUGCUACACCUAAGUCGCAAUAAUGCCUUGUGGACUGGGGGGUUCCAAGACGGUGCAGCGCAAGCUCGUCUUGCUAGGCGAUGGUGCGUGCGGCAAGACAUCGUUGCUGAACGUAUUCACACGAGGCUACUUCCCUACCGUCUAUGAGCCAACAGUGUUCGAAAACUACGUGCAUGACAUAUUCGUCGACAAUGUGCACAUCGAGUUGUCGCUAUGGGAUACUGCUGGGCAAGAGGAAUUUGACAGGUUACGGAGUCUUUCAUAUGACGACACCGACUUGAUCAUGCUUUGCUACUCGGUGGACAGCAAAGACUCGCUUGAGAACGUCGAGAGCAAGUGGGUAGGCGAGAUUGCCGACAAUUGUCCUGGCGUCAAACUCGUACUCGUGGCGCUCAAGUGCGACCUGCGGGAGAAUGCCGAGGAGGAGGAUGGAGCAAACGAAGAUGGCAGUCCACGGGAGAAGAAGCCGAUGAUCAACUACGACCAAGGGCUGGAAGUGGCACGCCGGAUUCACGCUCUCCGAUACCUUGAAUGCUCCGCCAUGCGGAAUAGGGGAGUCAACGAAGCCUUCACUGAAGCGGCCCGUGUCGCGCUAUCAGUGAAGAAGGAGCGCGAUGACUCCAAGUGCACCGUCAUGUAGACGGACACGACAUGACCACCUGGAUGCCUGGGCCGGACAGAUCAGAACGGCACCUGUUAGACGCGAGUCGCUGAAAGGCAACCGAACACAUCAGAUUACAGCCAUAUGUCGCAGCUCCAUCAUCACACCAGAAACGGCCGGGGGCGUCCUCCGAGUCCGAUGCCAUCAUAUCUUCAUCCUGGUCCGACCGCGGUUGUUUCA